AUGGCUCUGCUGGGGCUGCUCGUGCUGCUGGCCCUGGCCUGGCCCGUGGGGGCCACCUGGGACAGCUGCAGAUGGCUUUGUGCUUCCAGAGGGACCUGCGGGCUCCGGCCCUUGGCUUCUGACCACAGCUCUACAGUUCUUGACUACGACUCUGUGGCUUCUGCUGAGGACACAUCCGAUGUUGAGGAUGGCACCAGUGGCGAGGCAGGGGCCUGGCCUGGCAUCGUCAGCAUCCAGGCCACCGCAGAGAAUGGCACGUGGCACAUGUGCACAGGUGUCCUCUUCAGCGCCCAGUGGGUCCUCACGGUCGCACACUGCUUCUUCAGGGUUGGGACCUAUUCCAAAUGGGAGGUGGUGACGGGGGCCUCAGAUCUGACUCAGCCAGGCCCUGAGACUGCAGUCAGACACAUCAAGAGGCUCCUGGUGCACCAGCACUACGUGCCUACCACAGCCAGGAAUGACAUUGCCCUGCUGGAGCUGGACCAGCCCGUGGAGUGCAGCGACUACAUCCAGCUGGGCUGUGUGCCCGACGCCUCGCUCAGGGUCUCAGAGCUGAAAUCCUGCUACAUCGCCGGCUGGAACUUUGACAGACGCUUGACGCUGCAGGAGGCCAAGGUCCACCUCAUGGACACGGAGCUCUGCAACAGCAGCCCAUGGUACGCAGGGGCCGUUCAUUCUGACAACCUCUGUGCUGGGUACCCACAUGGUGGCAUCGACACCUGCCAGGGGGACAGCGGGAGUCCCCUCGUCUGCAAGGACAACGGAGCUGACUUCUUCUGGCUGGUGGGCAUGUACAGCUGGGGAAGAGGCUGUGACAGAGCCAGGCACCCCGGGAUCUACACCUCCACUCAGCACUUCUACAACUGGAUCCUGCUCCAGACGGGCCUGAGCCCAGCAGAAAGAGCUGGUCCAGCACCAGAGCCAGCCACCACCUCGGGCCCUGAGCAGCGCAUGAAACCGGGGGAGUCAGAGGAGUCAGAGGAGUCAGAGGAAUCAGAGGAGCCAGAGGAAGACAUCAGCUUGACCCCUGAGUACAGACGGAGACCAGCGGUGACCGCGGGCUCCUCACGGCCCGUAGCAUUCCCACACCAGAUCCUGGUGCAAUUCAGGAAUCUGGUGCAGGAGUUCCUGCACUUCCUGAAGAUCAAGGACAAGAGAGCUUGAGCAGCAGGGGAAUGAGCAGGAUCCAGGGCUACAGUGGGCCAUGGCAUUUCCUGCUGGGCCAAAGGUAGCCUUGGGGCCAGAGGCUUCUCUGUCCUGCCCAUGCUGCUGUGCUGCAGCCACACCGAUGCUGCUGUUGAAGUAAAGUUUCUGUAUUCACCAUGAA